AUGGAUACUACAGCCAUAGAACCGACAGGCGCGGACUUGCCACAGGGAACAGAUCUAGUGGCAGCGAUAAAUAGUCCCCAGCAGCUAAUCCAUAAUUACCUUUGGGAGCGCAGCCCAACGUUCCGCGCGCUUUGUGAUAUUCGACAACAGGGCUGGAGGCAUCCGACUGGAGAUGAAUUUUUUCAGCAGCAACGCCAAAGAGCUGAUAAUCCAUCACCGGACGGAGAGUCUUAUUUUUAUAAGAUGACAAUUGCUAUUGGAAACGAGCUUAAUACUAGCACUGGUGCAUUCGAUAUACUACGGUCGAGCGACAAGCCUUCGGCACUGGACAUGGGAAUGGCUCCGGGAGGAUUCUCGGCAACAAUAAUGAAAUCUUACCCCAAGACUACACUUCGAGCAAUCACCCUGCCUCUUGCCAGCGGUGGCCAUUCGGUACAAUUCAGGCAUAGAGGGGUGAAACUUGAUCUCUGUGAUAUCAAUACUCUUGCUGGAGACAUGGGCUUGACCUCUAUACCAGAAACCCAUCCUGCCGCAAGUACAUUUACUGUCACAAAGCUACUGGGACAAGAAAUGUUUGACGUGGUCAUCUGUGGUUGCCAGGUUACACGCAACCAGGAACUCGAAGAGUGGCGCGAAAAUCGAGAAGCAGGGCGCCUACAGCUUGCGCAACUUGUGAUCGCUUUGGAGCAUGUUAAAAGCGGCGGAACAUUGGUUGCCGUUAUGCACAAGCCUGAAGAAAUCCAUACUGCCGAGCUAUUGCAGAUAUUCUCGACUUUCUCUCAAAUUUCUCUGUUUAAACCGAAAAGAGCGCAUGCAAAGCGAUCAUCUUUUUACGAGAAGACUCCUUUUUACAUAGUAGCUAAAAACGUUGAUGCUCGCAACGAUCAAGCCAUUGAAGCAGUGGAGACCUGGAGGAGAGAAUGGAUCGACAGCACGCUUGGAACUGCUGACAAUGGUGCAAGGCCACCGAGUCGGACAGAGGAUGAUGCCUGCAGGUUGUUAGAGAUCUAUGGAGAAGAAUUGGUUAGAAUAGGACGACCCGUUUGGGCCACCCAAGUCGCAGGACUGAAGCGAUGGUUAAGAGAUAUGUAG